AUCUAUGCCAAGCUGCAGGUCGCCCCGGAAGACCACCCCGUCCUGCUUGCGAUCGCGACCGGGACCAGCCCGCGGGGCCAGGUUGAGAUCGCGCAGAUAAUGUUCCAGAAUUUCAACAUCCCCGCGCUUGAAUUGGUGCCUGAUGCGAUAUUGCUCGCGUACGCAGCGGGUCGAACGACGGGGGCAGUCGUCAACUCCGAGACUCCUGCGGGCCUUGUUACUGCUGUUGUUGAUGGGGUGUGCGUGGCAUGUUCGACUGAGAGAGUCAAUUUGUCG